CGCGGCUCGGCCCGCCCACCCCGCUUCUCCUCUGUGUCUCCUUCUCGCAGUCUGGUCGAGAGUCAAAGCCGAAAGCAGAGAGAACAUCGACGGUUCUAACUGAACCGAGAAUCCACGGCAGUCAUGGCGGCGCCGUUAGCCCACUUUGAUGAGGACUGGCAGGACUUUAACGAAUUCAAGCCGUCCUCGGACGCGGUCGACCCAUUGGACAAGCUGAACUCAAACGUGGGCGAUUCGUCGGGCCUAGACGAUUUCUCGGAUCUGGACAACAGUUUCUCUGGGGAGAUCUGCAGCUUCAAGUCGAUGGAGGACCUUGUCCACGACUUCGAUGAGAAGCUCACAGUGUGUUUCCGAAACUACAACACUACGACGGAAAACAUAGCUCCCAUUAAACCUAUCACCGAGGAUAAUUACUUGAAAGACGACGAGGUGUGGAACGCUCUGACGGAUAACUACGGCAAUGUGAUGCCGGUGGACUGGAAGACAUCUCACACUCGCUCCUUACACCUGCCUACCCUCAACCUCACCAAACACGAGAAGUUGGAUAACCAAUCUUUAGAUCUGUCUGACGAUGAGGAGCUGAGGGAGCAGAUGGACAUGCACUCAAUCAUUGUCUCGUGCAUCAACGACGAGCCGCUUUUCACAGCCGAGCAGGUGAUUGAGGAGAUAGAGGAGAUGAUGCAGGAGUCUCCAGACCCAGAGGACGAUGAGAGUCCUUCACAGUCCGACUUGUCCAUGCUCUCUCAAGACCUUAAUGCUCUGAAACGCUCCGGCUCCAACACCAGCUACGAGGACCGGCUGCGUCACAUGUCCGUGUCAGAGCUGACUGAGACUCUGGAGGAAGUGGAGGCGGCCAUUCGUCGCUACAGUGAGGAGCUGAUCCAGGCUCUGGCUCUGCGAGAUGAAUUGGACUAUGAAAAGGAGGUGAAGAACAGCUUCAUCUCACUGCUCAUUGAAGUGCAGAACAGACAGAAGGAGCACCGCGAGCUGCUGCGGAAGAAGAAGAAAAUCCGUCACACGACUACGACGGGGCCCAACGGCCAGAGGAUGACCAGCACGCACAUACCCGGCACGCUCCUCACUGUGGAGGGACUCUCCAAUAUCAUUCAAAAUGGCCUCCGUCAAACUUUUGGCAACACAGGAGGGGACAAACAGUACCUGACCACAGUGAUCCCUUAUGAGAAGAAAGCAGGCCCCCCGUCUGUAGAAGAUCUCCAGAUCCUCACAAAGAUCCUCCAUGCCAUGAGGGAUGACAGUGACAAGGUACCUGCCCUCCUAACAGACUACAUUCUCAAAGUCCUCUGUCCCACGUAAAGUCAAAGGCGACACUCCUGUUUCCAGAACCAUCCACUGGACCAUCAGAAGAGGGUUCUGGUAAUCCAGGAAAAACCCACAAAGUGGCCCCCAGUUUCCACAUCAUAGACUUUCUUUCCUUGUGGUACUUUUUUAAAAAACUCUGUUGAUCCUAGGAUUUUAACUCUCCUUGACUCGUAUAUUCCAUUGUAACUUUUAACUUUUUAAUGCUUGAGUACUACAUCCCUGCGUAUAUUCUGACUGCAUGAUAACUUGUCUAUAGAUGCCAGUAAUCAGUAUUAGUCUGAACACCUCACUUCCUGGUUUGUCCGGGCUUUUGUGAACAGUCAGGAAAAUAACAAGGUGUAACUCGCGUGCACCGUCAUCAAGCUCGUGUGAGGCGAAAUUUGCAUCCGUGUUGUUCAUGCCUGACAGGAAAAACACAUCCGGGCAGAAUCUGUGAAUCUCAAAGUGCCAGGCAAGUCGUCUUAUGAAGUCCUGUUUUGUUAUUUCCUUGUUAGGAAUCCAUUGCAUUAAUGGCAUUUGUUGAUGGUUGCACAUCAUGACGACGUCUUAAGGUUGAAAACUGCUUGGUGAGGAUCAAGGAACAAACCCUUUAAUUUAAAAAUGCAAAACUGUAGGUAGUGAUGUUGUUGCAUGUUGCUUUGGGGUUUGCACUCGAUAGUAGCUGUUAGCUGAAUGUUAAGAUGAAAUAUUUUGUAUAUGAUGAAAGAAAUUGCACAGUUUGGGGAACUUUUUUUUAAAUGGGGAAAAAAAGUGGAAAGACUCAAAGUCGUAGCUGGAUGAACAAAUAUGUAAAGCAUAUUUUUGGAUAAGGGGAUGUUUUUAGUGAGAUAAGGGACUUUGUAAUCAUUUUGUAAAUCUAGUCUGUUGACCUCUGAGCCCUCAAGUAGUAACCUCCCCAUCCCCACCAAUGUCAUCACUUCCCCACGAGGUGUCAUUUCACGAGUCUGCAGAUACCUCAUGUGCUAGUUCAGCAUUAGUGGAAACCAGUCUGUCUGAUUGUAUGUUAGCUUGGUGUUGUAGCUCAAAUGAAGUCAGAUUUGGUAAAUAGUUAAGCAUCUGUUAUUAGUUGUGGCAUUUUUAAAUCAGUCUCUUACAUCUUUAGCGCUUAAAUUUUAGUGGUAGCACUUUACUCCGUCAGUGAUCUGAUCGUGUGCAGUCGUAGCACAGAGUACGUCUCAGUAGAUUAGUGUGUGGUGAAGCUUAGAAAACAGAGCUGAGGUGAACAAAGAUGCUAACAUGCAUUUAUUUCCCAAGGGGCACUCCCCUGAGUUUACAUUACCAUCAGCUUGUGGAUCAUGAAUCAGCCAGCAAAACUGCUGUGUAAUGUCUUCGGCGGCUCUGGAGAACCUUUAACAUGAUGUCACCGAGUUUAUUUCAUCCCAGGCUUGAGAAAACCUUCAGGAUCUGCACUAGGACUAAAAGUCUGGGCUUUCUUCCAAGUCUUUCUGGAAGUGCAAUAGUUACUGGCAGGAGUUGCCCCUCUAAAACCAACCGCGUCUUCAGCAAGUUGGCACGCUAACGUUCGAAACACCAGCCGCUACAGGUGCACCACACACUGUCAGAUCAGGUCUAGCCUAGCUCUCAGGUACGAUCAUCAGUGUUAGUAGUUUAAAUCAUCCUCAGAAAGUUGCUGACAUUCCUGAGUCGUCUUUUAGCAGCUAGACUUGGAGCUUGGUGCACUUCUAUCUUAGAAAUGUUCUCAUGCAUAGCAGCCACUCGGCUGAACCCGCUCAGAAUCAUGUAGUACGCUCUGCAGUCAUAGCAGCAGCUGUAGCGUAGGUAAAGACAUCUGUAGAGGCUGCAGUAGCAUCUGCUUGUUGUAGGGGUCUUCUUAUAAAAGCAUAGCUGUGGUUAACACGUCUGUCUUUUACUGGGUAAGAAUCGAACGCCUCGCUCUGGAAAGGGGAGUGAUGAAGAUGAUGAAUGUCGGGGAAGAUUGCACAAACGGUUGCUUAAAUGAAUAGGGGGGCAUUUAUUUUGUAAAGGAAGUCAAAAGCUUGUUAGUGCUGUGUUAAAACUAUUUAUAUGUAACCUGUUUCUACUUUUGCCAGCUAAGAAAACAUUCACAACCAAGCAUGUGCUGCAUGCACUAUAGUGUUGCAAACACAUUUCUUAUGGUUAAUGAUUUGUCUGUUUAGGAGCAUAUGGAUAUUAGAUUAAAGGGACAAGCAGAGAAACCUGUUAUGAUUUUAACUCUUAGAAAGUAAUCUGAAGUCCUAAAAUCAGAGGCAGCGAAAUACUUAAAUCAUAUCUUGAAAGGCGUCUAUUGAUUUGUCAUAAUCUGGUUAGUAAAGUACUUAAAUUAAACUAGCUUUUAAUGCCAUCUGUGUAAAUAAAUUACUGAUUUAUGACAUGGCAGUCAGCACAGAGGUCGCUGAAAGAUCUCGUCUCAGGCCAGAGCCUCUCAUCCAGCCUGCUCAGCAGACAUAUCAGUUCAACUACAAAUUUAGAGAUUUAUAUUUAUACAUGUACAACAAGCAAUGAAAUAAGAGGCUGCCUUUGUAAAUGCCUGAAAAUCUUUGUACAGUUAACAAAUAACUCCUUUUUUUUUAAUGCAAUAUAAUUCCCCAGUUUGGGGUUUUAUGUUUACUGUCUCAUGUGGUACUGCAUUAUAUUAAUUUAUUAUGUAAAUGUUUGUUUUGUAACCAUAUUAUUGACUGUAAUGGUACAAGUGUUUUGUGCCCUCAUUGCAUUGCAACCCAUUACAAAAUAAAAACUAGAAUUACCUCCUCA